AUGCCCUUUCUGACAGUUGACUGCAGUGACAACCAUCAGACCUGGCUCCCGUGGGUCACCAAUACGGGCCGACUUCGCUGCAUUUUGCUCCAUGCAGCGGCCUACAACCAGGUCAUCGGCCCGUCUGCACUCAAGAAGCAUGAGGUGCUCUGCAAGAGGAGAUCUUUGGUCAGUGAGGAAAAUGCGCACCUCAUCACGCAGCUCAUACAGACGGCUCAGCACAUUGCCCCGCAAAAGCCAGCGGACUUCUGUGUGGAGCAGCAGGCCCUGGUGCUCUGA